UGCCGUUUCUACAGCAUGGCUUUGAAUGUAGCUCCGGUAAGAGACACUAAAUGGCUGACCCUUGAAGUAUGCAGGCAGUUCCAGAGGGGGACAUGUUCAAGAUCUGAUGAGGAAUGCAAAUUUGCACAUCCACCUAAAAGUUGUCAGGUUGAAAAUGGACGUGUUAUUGCCUGCUUUGAUUCCCUGAAGGGACGUUGUUCAAGGGAGAACUGCAAAUAUCUUCAUCCGCCAACACACCUAAAGACCCAGCUAGAAAUAAAUGGCAGGAACAAUCUCAUUCAGCAAAAAACAGCUGCGGCUAUGCUUGCCCAGCAAAUGCAGUUCAUGUUCCCGGGUACACAGCUGCAGCCAGUGCCCACUUUUCCUGUAGGCCCAGGAUUAGGAACUAAUACAGCUAUUAGUUUUGCUCCAUAUCUUACUCCGAUGACACCAGGUGUUGGAUUAGUCCCAACAGAAAUCCUGCCCUCUACACCUGUCAUUGUUCCAGGAAGUCCACCUGUAUCAGUCACCAAUUCUACUGCUACUCAGAAACUUCUCAGGACGGAUAAAUUGGAGGUAUGCAGGGAGUUUCAGAGAGGAAACUGUGCACGGGGAGAAACUGAUUGCCGCUUUGCACACCCGGCAGACAGCACGAUGAUUGAUACAAAUGAUAACACUGUAACCGUUUGUAUGGAUUACAUUAAGGGUCGCUGCAUGAGGGAGAAAUGCAAAUAUUUUCACCCUCCUGCACAUUUGCAGGCCAAAAUCAAAGCUGCACAACAUCAAGUCAACCAGGCUGCAGUAGCAGCACAAGCAGCUGCUGCAGCUGCAACCGUAAUGACGCAGUCGACUGCCAAAGCAAUGAAGCGACCUCUCGAAGCAACUGUAGAUCUGGCUUUUCCACAUGGCGUCCUUCACCCUUUACCAAAGAGACAAGCUCUAGAAAAAAGCAAUGGUGCCAGCGCAUUUUUUAAUACCCAUGAUGCACAGCGCUACGUCCGCCACUGUCUCUGCAGCAACAACUCCUGCAACAAGUGUCCCCUUCGCCGCAACAGCCACAGCCAAUCAGAUCAUACUGAAAUAAUAACCAAGACUGGAGUAGAGCAUCAAGAAGAUUCACAGAAGAUAGCAAAGCAUUCAUAUUGUACAUACUAUCCAGUCUCCUCCUCUAUAGAGUUGCCACAAACUGCAUGCUAAACAAAAGGAUCUUGUUCUCUUUAUGGACAAACUACAAACUCUUAGAAAGCUAGUGCUGCUAUAUUCUAAAUUGAUAAUAUAUAUGGUAUGCGUAAUAUAUUCCAACAUAAAAUAGUUAACUACCUGAUACCAGCUGUGAUGUUAGUGGGUAAAGUUUACUUUUUAAUAUUUGUAUACCUGGCUCCCACUUGAUAAAACUGUCUUAUCUCCCAUCACAUCCAAAACCAAGAGGUUAUCCCCCACCCUACU